AUGUCUACUGAAGAAAUCUCCAAGACCUUGAACGACUUGGCCCUUAACGACAAGGAAGCCCCAGUUACCGAAGCCCCAGCUGCCGCUGCCGCUUCCGCCACCUCUGAAUCUGAAAACCCAGAAUCAGCUUCCACUGAACCUGUCGAAAACCCAGCUUCCUUGUACGUUGGUGAAUUGGACCCAUCUGUCAACGAAGCUCUUUUGUUUGAAAUCUUCUCCCCAAUCGGUCAAGUCUCCUCGAUCAGAGUUUGUCGUGAUGCUAUCACCAAGCGUUCUUUGGGUUACGCUUACGUUAACUUCCACGCCAAGAAUGAUGGUGAACGUGCUUUGGAAGAAUUGAACUAUUCUCCAAUCAAGGGUAGACCAUGUCGUAUCAUGUGGUCUCAAAGAGAUCCAUCCGUCAGAAGAGGUGGUUCUGCCAACAUCUUCAUCAAGAACUUGCACCCAGCCAUCGACAACAAGGCUUUGCACGACACCUUCAGCGCUUUCGGUGACAUUUUGUCCUGUAAGGUUGCCACCGAUGAAUUCGGUACCUCCAAGGGUUUCGGUUUUGUUCACUACAAAACUGAUGAUGCUGCUAAGGCCGCUAUUGAAUCUGUCAACGGUAUGUUGUUGAAUGACAGAGAAGUUUAUGUUGGUCCUCAUGUUUCCAAGAAGGACAGACAAAACAAGUUGGAAGAAUUGAAAAACAACUUCACCAACGUUUAUGUCAAGAACAUUGACUCUGAAGUCACUGACCAAGAACUUAACGAGCUCUUUGCUACUAUUGGUGCCGUUACCUCCGCUGUUGUUGAAAAGGAUCAAGAAGGUAACUCCAAGGGUUUCGGUUUCGUUAACUACGAAAACCACGAAGAUGCUGCUAAAGCCGUUGAAAAAUUGAACGAUGUCGAACUCAAGAGCAAAAAAUUGUACGUCGGCAGAGCUCAAAAAAAGAGAGAAAGAAUUGAAGAAUUGACCAAGCAACACGAAGCUGCUAGAUUGGAAAAAAUCUCCAAAUAUCAAGGUGUUAACUUGUUCAUCAAGAACUUGGAUGACAGCAUUGAAGAUGAAAAAUUGAAGGAAGAAUUCUCUGCCUUCGGUACCAUUACCUCUGCUAAGGUUAUGACUGACGAUGCCGGUAAAUCUAAGGGUUUCGGUUUCGUUUGCUUCAGCUCCCCAGAAGAAGCUACCAAGGCUGUUGCUGAAAUGAACCAAAGAAUGGUUGCUGGUAAGCCAUUGUACGUUGCCUUGGCUCAAAGAAAGGACGUUAGAAGAGCCCAAUUGCAACAACAAAUGGAAGCCAGAAACCAAAUGAGAUUGCAACAACAAGCUGCUCACGGUGUUCCAAACCAAUUCAUGCAAGCCAUGUUUUACAACCAAGCCGGUCAACCAGGUUUCUUGCCACCAGGUGCUAGAGGUCCAGUUAACCCUCAAAUGAUGAUGCAACAAGGUAUCCCAAGACCAGGUCAAGGUAUCCCACCACCACCACAAGGUCAAUGGGCUGGUCAAGGUCCAAAUGGUCAGCCUGUCCCAGUUUACGGUAUGCCACCAUUCGUUGGCGGUCCUCAAGGUAACAUGAGAGGUCCAAACAACCGUUUCUACCAAAACAGAAACCAAAGAGGUCCAAGAGGUCCACAAUCUGAUGCCCCAACUUCCAACGUUGCCCAAUUGGCUUCUGUCUUGCCAUCUUACCCAAUUGAACAACAAAAGAGAUUGUUGGGUGAAGAAUUGUACCCAAAGGUUUUCUCUAACCCAAAGUUGAACCAAGACGCUGAAGCUGCUGGUAAGAUCACCGGUAUGAUUUUGGACUUGGACAACACUGAAAUUCUCCAAAUGUUGGAUGACGAAGAAGUCUUCAAAUCCCGUUUUGCUGAUGCUUUCUCUGCUUACGAAGAGUACAAGAACUCUAAUGCUACCGAAGGUGAAGCCGCUGCUGCUCCAGCUGCUGAAACUUCUGCUUAA